GGCAUAUUAUGGCAGCAACCCUUCAGUCAAUCUGGAUUAACUCGCACUGAGCCCUGCGUCGCCAGCAAAAACCCGUGAAAGCGAUACGAACAUCUGGCUGGAUUCCGCACGGCAGCAGUCACUCACAGCGCUGUAGAUAUUAAACAGCCUGUCGCUACAAAAGGCGUUUUCUCUUCUGGAGGUGCAUUUACAGGCGGAUGCGCAGUAGAGGCGAAUCCCCCCUGCACAGCUGCAGCCUCACAGCCACACCGGGACCCCUUCAGGUUGCGUUUUCCAGUAUUCUUCUUUUUUUUUUUUUUUUCUUCACGAAAGUGGGGAGCUGAGUUACAUAUCUCCGGUGCGAGCGGAUCGGAGAGGAGUCGUCCUUUACAUGCUGGUCAUGGAUUUCUUGAAGGGCAUCGCUGGUUUCGCAGGCCGUCACAUGUUAUAGGCGCCAAGACGCGUGCUUCGGGACACCUGAAUUAUCUCCGAGAGGCACCGUCGGUCCCAUUUUAGGCGAGCCGCUGUCAGGAUGCUCUCAGCCCUCCUGGGAGGAAAUAAGCUCAAACACACCCUCCUCCGACUUGGCUUGAUGUUUCAUCUGCAAGGUGUAUAACCUGACUGAGAAGCCAAAUGGAGUAUCUCCUGGUUUACCUGAUAGUCCUCGGCGUGGCUGUGAAGGCUCACAAAGUUCAGGUCUGCCCCAAACGCUGCGUUUGCCAGGUGCUUAACCCCAACCUGGCGACUCUGUGCGACAAAAAGGGGCUUCUCUUUGUGCCCCCGAAUAUCGACAGGCACACGGUGGAGAUGCGCCUCGGGGAUAACUUUGUAACCAACAUCAAACGCAGAGACUUUGCCAACAUGACCAAGCUGGUGGACCUGACCCUCUCUCGGAACACCAUCGGCUCCAUCGCGCCGCUCGCUUUCAAAGACUUGGAGAACCUACGAGCCCUUCACCUCGAUAGCAACCGGCUAGCGCGCAUCAUCAACGACACCUUCAGCGGCAUGUCCAAGCUGCACCACCUCAUCCUCAACAACAACCAGCUCACCCACAUUCAGAUCGGGGCCUUCAAUGAUCUGACGGCGCUGGAAGAGCUGGAUUUAUCCUACAACAACUUGGAAAGUGCGCCAUGGGUGGCCAUUCAGAGGAUGCCCAAUCUCCACACUCUCAAUAUGGACCACAACAUGCUCAGCUACAUCCCAGAGGGCACCUUCUCUGGACUGCAGAAGCUCAAGAGGCUGGACGUGACUUCCAACAAGCUCCAGAAGCUUCCUCCCGACCCAAUUUUCCAAAGAGCGGGGGUCCUGGCCACUUCUGGGAUAAUGGGGCCGAUGUCGUUCGCGUUGAGCUUCGGAGGAAACCCGCUGAGGUGUAACUGUGAGCUGCUCUGGCUGCGGAGGUUGCGGAGGGAAGAUGAUCUGGAGACCUGUGCCACACCGCAACACCUCGCCGGACGCUAUUUCUGGACAGUUUCCGAGGAAGAGUUCCUGUGUGAGCCUCCUCUCAUCACCAGGCACUCUCAGGAGCUGCGAGCCUUGGAGGGUCAGAGUGUGACUCUGCGCUGUAAGGCCAGGGGCGACCCCGACCCCAUUAUCCACUGGAUUGCCCCUGAUGGACGCCUUAUGUCCAACUCCUCCAGGGCCGCCGUCCACACAGACGGCACGUUGGACAUCCUCAUCAGCACCGUCAAGGACUCUGGUUCCUUCACCUGCGUGGCCUCCAACCCGGCAGGGGAGGCGCAGCAGACGGUGGAUCUGGUCAUCGCUAAACUCCCUCAUAUCACCAACAACACAGUCGCAGAGCAGGAGCCCGACCCCGGGUCAUCAGAUAUCGCCACAGUGACCAAGACGGGUGCAGACGGAGGAGGGUUGCCUCUCGGGAACGCGAAGACGAUCCAGGAGAAGAAAGUAGUGACUGCCGAUGCCACGUCCACCUCGGCCCUGGUCAAGUUUAACUUCCAGAGGAGCAUUCCUGGAAUACGCAUGUUUCAGAUCCAAUAUAACGGCAGCUAUGAUGAUUCACUGGUUUACAGAAUGAUACCCCCAACCAGUAAGAGCAUCCUGGUAAACAACCUGGCGGCCGGUACGCAGUAUGACCUGUGCGUGUUGGCCAUCUACGAUGACCAGGUGACCUCGCUGACCGCCACCAGGGUGAUAGGUUGCAUCCACUUCACCACAGAGCCGCAGUACCUGAGAUGUCAUUUCAUGCAGUCCCAGUUUCUUGGCGGCACCAUUGUGGUUAUCAUUGGAGGGAUUAUCGUGGCCUCAGUGCUCGCCUUUAUCAUCUUCCUCAUUGUGCGCUACCGGGUGUGUAACCAAGGAGAUGCAGAUAAGGCCCUAGAGAUGGGGGAUAUUCGGUCACUGAGCAGUGAUGGGCAGCUACAGGGCUGCGGGAUUCCAAAGUCCCUCUCCAAGCAGAUUCUGCGUCCAGAGAAAAAUGAAAAGGAGUGCCUCAGAAUCACCCUGCCGCCCCCGGAGCCGACCAAGCAGCGUGCGCCGGUCGUUGUAGCUACCACCAAACCCUGCGUCCCUGACUGCACCGUCUCUACCUCUGCUGCCAGUCACAGCUGGCACCCGGCCUCCCCGGGCGCUCCGAGGCCCAAACGUUCCAGCGCUCCACCGAAAUCCUCAGAGGCUCACCGGGCAGAAGCUCAGGUGGACGUCGAGCUCAAUAACAUGAACCGGAAUAACUCGUCGUCAGAGGUUAAAAUGACCGCCGCCGUCGCUCUGGCCGUUCCCGGCCAGCCCACCAAGUGGACUGCUGUUCCCAGGGGUCCGCGGCCCCAACAGGCCCCUCAACAUUACAUGACAGUGCCUGCAUCGGGAGUGAGGGUGAACCGCAGGCACUCCCUCAACGCAGACUCAUAUAGGGAGCGCUGCUACAUGGCCUACCCCAAACCCGGGGCUAGCCUGCGCUCCAAGCGGAGCCUGUCGAUGAGCGGAGAGCUGCCGCAGCUGGAGAACACAACAAACAUUCGACGGGCCAGGGACAAGCUCUCCAAGUCUGAGUGGCUUCUGGAGAGCACUUUAUGAUUUGAGGUUUAAGACCUGCGUUGUCUCGUUUUCUUGCGUUGGAUCUGUGGCCCGUUGUGGAACACACAGGGAUUUUAUGCCUUGUUUGGAGCUUUUGUGCUCUCUAUUGAGGGACCUGUAAGCUUC